AUGUCAGAAGACGUCGCAGUCAGUGCCAUUCUCAAUGGAACUCCGCCCCAUAAUCAUUUUCGGAAAGAGUGGCUCGCCGGAGCAGCAGGAACGACAACGCCCACGACGACCUCUGGUGGACAAAUGAUGACGCUAUCCCCUCCCGCCGGCGACGGUCCAGGCUCCGCAGGAUCAAUGGCUCCAGAAUCAACGUCUCUAACUGAUAUCUCAGGUGAUGCAGAAGGUGUAUGGAGUGUAGAUAUUGAUCAGGCGUUUCAAGAAGCUUUAGCCAUUUAUCCACCCUGCGGACGACGGAAAAUCAUCAUAAGUGACGAAGGGAAAAUGUAUGGAAGGAACGAAUUAAUUGCUAGGUAUAUCAAAUUACGAUGUGGAAAAACGAGAACUCGGAAACAAGUGUCAUCGCAUAUUCAAGUACUUGCUAGGAAGAAACUUCGAGACGAACAGGCUAAAAAGAAGGGUGACAUCCCAAGUCUUCUUCAACAAGCCUCACCUCCCGGAGUCAAAUCUCCAUCUGCGGUGAUUCUUCCUCCAUCAUCGGCCACUGCUGUAGCUGCCGCCGCUGCGAUUGCUCCAAGAAGCAAUUAUCCAUCUGUAAUUCCAAAACUUGAGCCAACUGAUCAGCUCUCUCAACAAAUUCUUCUGCAGACGCUUCCAAAUUUGUGGUCAUCGUUCCCAGGAACUGGCCUCCCGUUCGGAAUGGAUCUAUCCCAACUUGUUGUUCAACCGAAAUCAGAACCAGCUUCAACGCCAGAGAAACCAAUGUCUCCAAUUGCGGAUCCAAGCAGAGAAAUCGCUUCAUCGAAAUUAUCACUUCACGGAUUCUCAGCCUACGUUCAAUGUAAUAAAACACUGGAAAGGACAGAGUUGGUAAAGAUUGACAAUACUUUGGAGAAGGAUCACAUUGAUAUCUCUUUGUUCUACGAGAAAUAUCCAAGGCUGCUUCGCGAACUUUUCGAAAAAGCUGAAAGGAAAGAUGUCUUCUUCUUGGCCAAGUGCUGGGCGAAUAUCAACGUGUCAGAUGAUGUUCAAAACUGCCAAUACGCUGUGGAUUCUUUGUACGCAAGUCGUGAGAAAUUCCAGUUGAAAGUGUCAACGAUGGCAUGCUCAUUUGGCUCACAAGCUGUUGAGAAGAUUGAGCAAUACUUCCCAAUCGAAGUCGAUGGAUCAUACUCAUUCAUGCUCAACAAUUCGCCAAUGUGCGAUUACAUGGUGAAGUUCAUUGCUGAGUUGAAGAAGCUGAAUGCUAUCGAAACGAUGAACAACGUACUAGAAAACUUCACAGUGCUACAGAUUGUAACAAACAGUGAAACCGAUGAGCUGCUGAUGGUCCUCUGUUUUGUGUUUGAAGUAUCUCAGGAGCCAGAGCCAUCAUGUUCCGUCUACAGGCUUAUUGAUGGAGGAGAUGAUUCUGAUGAUUGA